CCUGUGUUUAAUUAGAUAGCAAACUAAGUAUGGAUCAGCAUAUGUAUUCAGAAAAGCCAGCAGUGUUUACCCCCAGAUUUCUAAAGAUUUCUGCUAUUGGGCUGAGGAUCCUCACCACCAUUUUCCUCUUUCUGUCACUCAUCAUCCUCAUCACCAAAGUUACUACAGACGUGGUGGAAGUUACUGCAGACGGGGAGGCCAAGGAUGACACACUUCACUUUUAUGACCUUGUUGGAUACCGAUACAUGACUGCCACAAUUAUUCUUGGAUGUGCAUAUUCAAUCUGGCAAACCGUGACAACAGUUAUCCGCCUCAAGAAAGGAUAUGAGGCGAACCUUGUACUUGAAUACUAUGGGGAUAAGGUUAUGUCGAUAGCAUUAGCCACAGGAUCGGUUGCAGGAUUUAUUAUGACUGGAGAAUUACAAAGAGUAAUAGUUAGCAAAGGACAUGGUGAUUACAUCCACAGGUAUUUCAAAAUGGGAUAUGCAGCAGAUGGUUUCGUCUUCCUUGGAUUCAUUUGCGCUCUUAUAUUAUCGGAACUCUCUUCAUAUGCACUCCCUAAGAGAUUUUAGAUUUCAGAUGCACCAGGACCAACAUCAGUAUCAUUAUCAGUUGCUGUUAAUUGAAUUCAUGUUUUACCUUUUAUCUUCUAUGGUUUCAGGGCCCUGGUUAAGGUUUGUUGAUAAGGUGCGAUUAUUUUAUCAUUUAAGGCUACUGGUGUAAGUUGCUAAUUAAACAAAACAUAAUAUUCCAUUGAGAAAGGGGUGGAAGAAAUUUGGCUUCUUGGUGUCAUAUAUAUACUUUUCAAUUAAGUAACAAAAUCUCACUAGCUAGCUAGCUAGCCAGUAUCUUUUUUCUUUUUCUUUUCUUUUUUUUUAAAAAAAUUAUUUUGCCAAAAAAAAAAAAAUCUUUCCUUCAAAUUACUCACUAGCUACCUUAUAUUUUGAUAUAGCAAAGCCCUAAAAUGGGUAAAAUGUACCGGGACAUAUUAUGCGUUUGAUCAGUGAUCACAAUUUGAACAGAUGCAUCUUUAAGAAAUAUGGAAAAAAUGUACCAAUUACAAGUACUAGUUAGGAACUAGGAAGUACAAAUUCUGUUUUCCCUUAGAAGAGAAGUAAUGCUGGUCACUAUUUUCAGUGAAAAACCUCACAUAUUAUCAAAGUUUUAUUUUGUAUCUCUCUUAGUACACCGAAGGUCAAGGCCCAAGGGCACCGGUCAGGCCCGAGUUGGAGAUAGUUCAGAAAUAAAAUGAAUUGAAUCUUGAACGAGGCCAACCUAUAACGAAGUGCUUAUGCUUAUAGAGGGCCCUUCCACUAAGGGAUCCAUUUUUUUGGCUAUUUUAAGGGAUCCUUUAUGGGACUCACUAUUCAAUCGCAUUUCGGCAUCUCGACUGUUCAGUUUUUAGGUCCUAAUGUAUAGAUUACUUCUGCAAUUUUUCAGCCAAGUUGAUAAUUAAUUGUUAACGUAUCGAACUAGAUUAA